AUGUCCAAUGUUGUGGACCUUCUCACAUCGCUACUGGAGCAAGUAACACCAUCCAAAAAUCACACAUCAGAUCAGUGGUCAAACCUAAUAUCAGAACUCAAAAACAACUUAAAGGAGUCCAGAGCCUCGAUCACAAACGCCACGGAUCCACUCACAGAGUCACUCUCCACAAUACUAAGCGCGUUGCAGUCGAGCAGAUCGUCAGGAAGUAGUGAAAGCAGCACGGAUGAAAAUAAGCCAGAAGCAUCACAAAGUCGCCAGGAAUACAUAAAAAAAACAAAAACGACUCAUAAAUCGGAAGGAGAACAGAGUGGAUCUGCUGGCAAGGAGAGGGAGCAUUUACCAGAAUCUGAACUCCACAACACGCAAAAGAGGAAAUACUCACUGACGUCGGUAUUUAAAACAUUUUUCGGCAAAGGGAAAAUCGGAGAGUCGAGAGAUGGCGACCACUCUAACGAAGACACAAGCGCCAGUGAAGGUGCCGGGAAAAUAAUUAUGGGGCUUGAACGGAAGACUAAGCCGCUAAAAAAGGCUAUGAAAAGGUUGAGAACGAGCUCAUUAAGCAAUUAUACGAAAGAAUUGUACCCGUUUGGAUCCUUGAACUUACCUAAGAGAGGAGAGGCUGACGUUCCAUGGGAGUAUAGAGAUGAAAAUGCUAUGGAAGAGGUAUCGGGAAGAGUGCCACCGCUGAAUUUUAAACUGCUUAUGCCACACGAACACGUGACAACACCAGAAUCAUCAGUAAAUUCGCCGGGAAGCUCGUUUAAGAAGGCAAAAACGGAAACAGCGGCCGAUAAGGAGUUUGAUAUUGCUAAAAUUAUUAGUGCAAUUAGCAGUAGAGGCCACAGCAAUGUGGUAGAGGAUGAGGAUGAUAAUAAGAUUGGUACUGAAGGAACUAGUGGUAUUGAUGACGCUAUUGAGGUGGAUUACAAUGUUGCAGGCACAGAAGGCAGUAUGCUAUUAUAUGAAAAUAACCGUGAAGUCGGCGAAGGUGUCAGUGCAGAGGGAGUGGUAGGUGCUAUUGAGGGUGUUGGAGUAGCACCGGAUUCUGUAGCGUUAUCAACAACCGAUGUUGCUAAGAAGCAUGUGCCAGAAGUAGUAGGAGAUGGAGUAGCAGCGGGAACAAGCGGAGGUGAGGGAGCAAGUGUAGGAGAUGGUGGGAGUGGUGCGCAGAAGGAUGGCGACGGAGAUAGAUACGGACUGAUUGUGGGUGUUGGUGAUAGAGGGGUAGUGGCAUUGAAUGAGGGGAGCACUGGUACAACUGCCAUUGCCGAAACCGUAGCCACUAACCUGCCUGGCUUGGAAAUUAAAUACGAUAGUAAGGUGGAAGCCACUCCCGCAGGCACUGCGAGUGGUGGUCCUGUUGCCGAUGCAAAAAGGCAACGUGAAUUCAAGGAAUGCCCCAGAGAAUUCAUUAAUAAAAUGAGGGAAAGUAAAGAGCACGUGUACACACCACUGAAAGAAAUAAACAAUAGCACAAAUAAAGUAAAUUUAUACUUGGUGGCAACAGAAAUGAUUAAGUCGAAGCUGUUUAUAUUUAAAAGGAAAAUGUACGUGUUCAACUACAAUGCAGUGGACCCGAGCGUGUAUUUUAAUCAAUCGUACGUGAAUCCAGAAGUCGAUUACUCAAUACAGAUACUGGCGCCAAUAGAUGGAGUGCACCAUCACAUUAAUUUCGGCGAUAUACUGAGGCUAAAGAGAGUAGACGCGCACGUGAAGCACGAAAAGGGGAAGAAGUACGUAAACAUACUGAUACCAGAUAAGUGUAAUCCGACAGUGAGAGCCUCUGUAACACUGGUUGGCGCAAGACCGAUGGGAGAAGUGGCAGAUAACGCUGAGGUUGCAGAAGGAAAUGAAACCCUUAGCGUUGGAGGUGAAAGCCAUACGUCCUGCAGUGAUGAUGUUGUGUUAGUGGAAGAAAGAUUGGUCAUCGAUGGUAAUAUGGCAAAUGUUAGAAGGAGGAGUGGUGAUAGAAGAGAAUUUGAAGACAAUUAUGUUGGUAAUAGUAGUAACACAAAUGAAUAUAGCGAUGCUAACACCACUAGUAGUAUUCGUGAAGACAGUGGUAGUGGAGAUAUUACUGGAACAAGUGAUGGAAUUACAGAUAACACUGGAGCUAACAGUGGUGAUUUAGGUACCAGUGAAGUUAGUGUAGAUGGUACAGAUAGCGCCACUACAGCUAUUACUACUACUGCUAAUGCCGCUGCCCCUACGAAUACUGCUAAUACUGGCGGUAGUAGUACUGGUAGUACCACCUCUGUUAAUACGUGUAGUACGACGGAGGUAACUCAUGCGGGUGCAAAAGAUGUGGACUCAGAUAACUUUGAGCUGUGGAAAAGAAACGCAAUAACAGUUAUUGGAAGUGAUAAAUUGAGCUACACAAUGAAGGACUAUAACAUACUUAUGUACAUGAAGGAGUACGCGAAGAGGUUGGACCCAGUGAAGGUGUUCAGAAGGCCAGAUUUGCUGAGAAAAUUGUCGGAAGCAAACUCGGAAAAUUUGGAUUUCAUAGUAAAGGUGCACAACGUAUCGAAGGAUUACACCUUCAUAGUGUCAGACGCAACAGCAAAGGCACUGGUGGUGGAGUUGGACCCAAUGCUGAUAGAAAACGUUUUCAGAAGUUAUAACCCAGUGAAGAAGGGAGAUUGGAUAAAACUAAGGUCAUUCUACAAAGCAGAAGGGUGCUCGUCGCUGACACUGAGGCCGUCCUCAUUCGCAUGUAUAACAAGGCUGCCGCCAAUGUCACAAAAGGUGGUGGGAGAUGAGCAGGCAAGGUCGUCGGAAAAAAACGUAAAUAGAGCAAACAGUAGUAAGGUAAACGGACUAUCAGGAUCAAAAAAGGAAAAUGGAAGGACUCGUACAGUAAAUCUGGAAGUGUGGACGCGCACAUCGUGCCUCAACAACAGCUUCCCGAAGAGAAUUAAAAAGUCACAGAGUUUCAUUGAAAAACUACUCAGUACGCAACACACAGUGACCUUCCAAAAGGCGUCCCCAGAGCCAGAAAAAGUCGAAAAGGAAGAAGGGGAAAUAUCACAAUAG